CACGCCGCCCGGGCCGGCGGAGGGAGGAGCGCGGCGGCGGCGGGCGGCCGUGGCGAAAGUGCGGCUGCGGAAGCGCGGCGAGGCGGGCGGCGCGGGAGGAAGCUGGGCGGCGGCGGGCGCUCGGGCCGGCGGGCGGGCGCCAUGGGCCGCCUGCACUGCACGCAGGACCCGGUGCCGGAGGCCGUGGGCGGCGACAUGCAGCAGCUGAACCAGCUGGGCGUGCAGCAGUUCUCAGCCCUGACAGAAGUGCUUUUCCACUUCCUAACUGAGCCGAAAGAGGUGGAGAGGUUUCUGGCGCAGCUCUCGGAAUUUGCCACCACCAAUCAGAUCAGUCUCAGCCCCCUCAGAAGCAUCGUGAAAAGCCUCCUUCUGGUCCCUAAUGGUGCCUUGAAGAAGAGUCUCUCAGCUGAGCAGGUCCGGGCCGAUCUCGUGACUCUGGGUCUUAAUGAGGAGAAAGCCACUUACUUUUCUGAAAAGUGGAAGCAGACUGCCCCCACCCUUGCUCGAUGGGCCAUAGGUCAGACUCUGAUGAUUAACCAGCUGAUAGACAUGGAGUGGAAAUUUGGAGUGACAUCUGGGAGCAGCGAACUGGAAAAAGUGGGAAGUAUUUUUUUACAAUUAAAGUUGGUGGUUAAGAAAGGAGAUCAAACUGAAAAUAUAUAUAUCGAAUUAACCUUGCCUCAGUUCUACAGCUUCCUGCACGAGAUGGAGCGAGUCAGAGCCAGCAUGGAGUGUUUCGGCUGAUUUCUGUCCCCCUGCAUCUCCGCUGUGCCCCCUUCUCUUCCGCAGUGACCACCCUGAGAGGCACCCACUCCCGGGCUUGCAGGGCCUGAUCUGGCCCUGCUUCCUCCUCGGAGCCCAGGUGCAAAGGUUUCUGAAAAACAACAGGAUUAAGUGCUCAAAGGGCCCUACACAAUUACCUGUGAACUCUCUGUGAGGGAACCUCCACCGCCUCUCUCCCAGGACCCUUUUGAUGUUCAGAUGGCUUUUGCAUCUCAGAUUCAGGGGAGGAAAUAAACUGAGUCCCCCCCUACCCCCAUCAAAGUUCCAGAGUAAAUAAAUGGUUCCAUCACUCAAGAUACGCGCUGAUCACCCUCCCCACAAAAAACCAUGGGCUUGUUUAUGGCUGAGGAAGAGGCUGUGAGUGACGCCUGUGGGGAGCCCCCAGCCGCGUCUCUACCGUGUGUUUGUGGUGCUGCGUUGCUCAGCGGUUGUUAGUGGGGCACCUGUGUAUAAAUACGUGCUCGGUCUCCUCUGACAAGAACGGAGGCUGAACUCUGUCCUCGUUUCUGGUUUGCCCUGUUGUGUUGUGAUGAGGUGGGCCUUUUGAGGCUAUUUUAGCUUGUCUAGCUGACCCUCUCUGUUGGUUAGAUGAUGAAUAAAACAGGUUCUGGGGAAAAGGCCAGAAUCCAGUUGUC